AUGGCACCAUUUGUGAUGUGGAGAUUGCCACGGAGGAAGGCACACGUGUUGGCAAAGGCUUUGCGAUUGUUGCGAUGUCCAGCAAAAGGGAGGCAUGGUCUGUUCAUUUCCUUACAGUGUGUUGUUCUGGCUGCUACAUGCACAAAGGCAGCUGCUUGUAAAAUCUUGUAA